CUCCCUUUUCUUCUGCAAGUUGGCCACUCCAUACACAGUUUGACUUGCUUCUUCUUCUUUUGAUCUGAGUUCCCGUCUCUCUGAUUCUCUCGCCUUCUCCUUUCCUUUCCUUAGAGAGCGAGAGAUCCAGUACGAAAAUGGCGCCUCAGGACAACGUGGAGAAGAUGCAGCUCCGACAGAACUACCGCAAUGUCUGGCACACCGAUCUCUCUCGGAGCACCCAGGCUGAUACUCCAUACUGUUGCUUCGCGUUCUGGUGUGGCCCUUGUGCAUCAUAUUUACUCCGCAAGCGUGCACUUUACAAUGACAUGUCGAGGUACACAUGCUGUGCUGGCUACAUGCCCUGUAGUGGCAGGUGCGGAGAAAGCCGAUGCCCUGAACUCUGUCUUGCCACGGAGGUCUUCUGCUGCUUUGGAAACUCAGUGGCUUCAACCCGUUUUCUUCUGCAAGAUGAGUUCAACAUUCAGACAACGCAAUGCGACAACUGCAUCAUCGGUUUCAUGUUCUGCCUCAGCCAGGUCGCUUGCAUAUUCUCGAUAGUUGCAAUGAUUGUCGGAAUCGAGGAGCUUUCAGAAGCUUCGCAGUUGCUUUCGUGUUUGGCCGAUAUGGUGUACUGCACGGUUUGCGCAUGCAUGCAGACACAACACAAGGUUGAAAUGGACAAGAGAGACGGUAAGUUCGGUCCUCAGCCAAUGGCAGUGCCUCCGAUGCAGCAAAUGUCUCGGUUCGAUCAGCCGAUUCCGCCAGCGGUUGGAUACCCUCAACAAGGUUAUCCAGCACCUGGUUAUCCUCAAUACCCUCCUCAGGCUUAUCCUCCGGCUGGUUACCCAAAAUAAUCACCCAUUACCAGUUCCCUCACGUUGGAAAUAUUGCAAUGGGAUUAUCUGUCUCCGUUACUUUCACCUUCGUUGGUAUGCGUGUAUUUUUUGUGCAACUUCAUCACCGUGGACUGAGUUUCAAAUGGCUUUGUACAUCUGACCGAGAGGUUUUUGUUUGUGUGAGACUUCUACUCAUGUUGUUUUGUCUUCUGUCUCGACCUUUGACAUUUCUGCCCAUGUUUCUUUUUUUCAGCUUAUAGUUAUCUAUACGGAUUCUUAUAUA